AUGUUAGGCUACGGCCUCGCCUAUCUCAAACUCCUUGUCAAGAGUUAUUUCUGUCCUGCAAUCAAUCGAUUCGCAGCCAACACGGCUACCUCAUGCAAUGGAUUCAUGGAAUCCUCCAGUUCAGAAAGGGUGGAACUCCCACCAAAUUUCGAAGAUGCACCCGUAGAGCAUCUUAUCCAACUCAUUGCAGAUAUGCUAGAACACUUAAUGUCGCAUAAUGACCGCAUACCACUCUCUCCGUAUGUGGUUUUCCAACAGUAUACAGCCCCACCUAACUCUCCAGCUAGCGAAUCAUUGACACGAUUUCACUCUCGAUCAGCACCCAGCAUCAGCGUGCUCGACUAUCUGAAACGGAUCGUUAGAUUCACCAACGUCGAGAAAUCGUGCCUGCUCGUCACUCUUUACAAUAUCGAUCAAAUAUGUGCUCGGACCCCUCUCUUCACACUCUCAUCCCUGACCUGCCAUCGCUUCAUUAUCACCUCUAUCACCGUUUCAAGCAAAGGUCUCUGCGACGCCUUCUGCCCGAACAACCUCUACGCGAAAGUGGGUGGGAUAUCCGUAACGGAACUAAACGUCCUUGAGAGGGAGUUCCUUUCAAUGAUCGAUUGGCGACUGAUGUGCACCCGCGAGAUUCUGCAGGAAUACUACGUCAACCUCGUGCGCUUGCAUAGUGCUGGCAAAUUCUACAUCACCGAAUCUCCUAGUCAGUCCUCCGACAGUGAUCUAGAUAUGGACAGUGGCCAAUCUCGUCCUGCUUCCCCUGCGGAAGCUCGACAUCGGCCCCGUCCUUCCCUGUCAGAACCCUCUGCAAUCCUGGUCGAACCAGGGACAAUAUCACAGGAGACCAGCCAACGACCAACCAUCGAGCAGAACAUGGCAUUUGCUGCUCUGCAACAGAUCAAGUCACAGGAUGCCUCUCAUUCCCUCAGCAGACAAACCUAA